AUAAUCAUAGUAUUUGAUAAGAACAGUCACCUUUACAACCACUUCCACGAGGCAAGGCACACAUUCAUUCUUGCACGUCACCUUCUAUAGUAAACAGGGGACCCAAAGAUGAAUUACAAAACAAUCUAUUUGUUUGUGACGUUGUUGGUAGCAUGCUGUGUUCAAAAUGGCUGGUCACUAAAGUGCUAUACAUGCUCAUCACCUGAAGACUCGACGUGUGGACGUGAAUUCAAUUCCUCCAAGGUACCUGCUUUAGAUUGCAAAGAGGGCAACAACGUGUGCAUUAAGGUAACGCCUACAGUCGCAGGGGUGACUGCGGUUGCGAGGCUUUGCGGAAUUAAAGAGGCGUGCGCGAUUCUUGAAUCCUGUGUUACUUGUGAUUCAGAUCUGUGCAACACAUCUGCGUCUGUGAAAUUCCAAUUUUGGCUCCUGUCGUUAAUCGGCGUAGUCUAUUUUUAUUUAUAAAGUUUAGGUAUGUAAGUACAGCAUGCUCGAAAUUGUAACUGUACACUUAUGAUUGUAAUGGGGUAAUAAAAGUUUCUCUGACUCCUG